UUUUCUAAUCCGUCACCAUUGUACCAAUUGUCUAUAAAAAUUAAUGUGCGAGUGAAGCUCUGUCUUCACAUGAGGGCUAUCAAAUUCCAAUUCACUGUUAAUGAAAGAGCACAAACAAAGAAAUGAAUGACUCUGAAGAUUUCAAGGACCAGGGUAGAAGCAAAGACCAAAUAGAUGGCACAGGAAUGAGUCUGGGCAACAGGAAGGGUGUGAGGGUGACUGGGAAAUACGUGCCUCCAACGGACUGGAGCAGCAGUGGAGGUCCCUACAUCGUCCACUCUCCCAGCGCCACCCCCGUACCUCCAGACACCCCCACUGUGAUCUCCAUCGGCCCUCUGCUUCACAGGCCAUCUGAUCGAGCUGAUGAUCCCAGGAUGAGUGACCCUGAAGCGGGGCCGUCCCGUGCCGAGAUCCCCCGGCAGACUGUGGAGGAGCUUAAGUCCAUCCUGAAGGACAGUCCUCUGCUCAGCAUCCGGGGCAGCGACGAGGGGAAACCAGGCAGCCCGUACACGUACCUCCACGGGAGCAGUGGCGGCGGUGGUGGAAGGCCUGAUGGACGGCAGGACGAUGGAAACUCCCACAGGACGUUCAGCACCUUCAAACCCCACUCUGAUGCUUCCAGAAGGGGGCCCUGGUCCAGAGGUAGCACAUCUAUUCAGUUGCCUUCCAGCAUGGAUUCAUCCAGCUCAUUCAGGUCUGAUGCCAACACAAAUAGGCAGCCUGGGGUUAGUGUUCACACAAAUGCAAGCAGUGGAUCCUGCGGAGAGACUGGAGCUUCUCAUACAGAUAACGGAGACGGGACCGUAGAGUUCUCUGGGAAUCAGAGGUUCAUUUCAGCCAUGGAGCAGAUCAAGCAGCAGAUCGCCAGAGAGAACAUCAACUUUGUUCGCUUCGAAGCCACAGACCUCCACGGGGUGUCCAGAUCCAAGACAGUGCCCGUCCGCUUCUUCCAUGAGAAAGCGGUUUAUGGAGUCCCGAUGCCAAGAAGCUACUUGGAGCUGACCCUCAGCCCGAAAAGCAAUGAAGUGGAUCACGCCAACACUGCCAACUUCAGCAGCGACGUCCUUCUGAUCCCUGACCUUUCCACGUUCAGGGUCCUGCCCUGGGCGGAGCAGACAGCCCGGGUCAUCUGCGACCCCUGUACGGUCACAGGGAGCCCCCUUCGCACUUCCCCUCGUCUCAUUGCUAAGCAGCUCCUUGGUCAGCUGCAAAGUCUGGGCUUCUCCCUUCACUCCUCAUUCACCUAUGAAUGCUGUGUCCUGGGAGCUCCUGACAGAAUUGGACCAAAGACGCUUCUGUUUCCCGCCACUACCCUGCUGAGCAACCAUGACCUGCCUUUCUUCCAGCAGUUGGUGGACAGCAUGUACUGCAUGGGUGCAGACAUAGACAGCAUCGCCUCUGCCAGCGGCCCAGGACAAAUGGAAAUCAACCUGAGGCCGGAGUUUGGGAUUGCAGCUGCAGAUAGUGCCUUCACCUUCCGCACUGGCAUCAAAGAGAUGGCUCGUAAACACAGCUACAUUGCCAGUUUCUUCACUGAUGACGGCCUCUACAAUGCUGGUGUGCUCUCUCACAGCUUGUGGGAUGCCAACGGUCGACGUAGCCUGUUCCACAGUGGAGAAAAAGCAGGUGAAAUGUCUGAGAUUGGCAGGAAAUGGUUGGCUGGGCUCCUCACCCACUCAGCGGCCUUGAGCUGCCUGAUGUCGCCCGGCCUGGGCUGCCGAAGCCACAUCGCCAAGACCAUCAAAGACCCCAAACGGAUGCUGUACGCCACCUGUGGGUGCAACGACAACAGCAGUUCCUUCAACAUCAAGUGCCACGGCGGGAGAGAGACGCACAUUGACAACAAACUGGGCUCAGCCAUGGCAAACCCUUACAUUGUGCUGGCCGCCACUGUGGCCGCUGGACUGGACGGCAUCAGAAGAAACUUGAGCGUCGAGAGCGGUCUGAACAAAGCCCCAAGUCAACAGAAAGAGUUCUCCAUUCCUGUAAAGCUCGAUGACGCUCUGGAGGCUCUGGGGGACGAUCACGUGAUCCGCAGCGCCCUUGGAGAACCGUUCGUUCAGUAUUUCAUUGCCAUGAAAAAGUUUGAGAUUGAGACCCAAGAGCUGGAUGAUGAGAGAAACAAAUGCCUGGAGUACUUCAUCUAGAAAUCCUCCUGUCACAUGUACAAAUACCUCCUCCUGCCAUACAACUGGAAACAUGACAAGCAAGUGCUUUACAACAAAAAGUUUUUUAUUUAUUUAUAAAAUGUGAAGCUUAUGGUGCAGAUUGUAGAUAUUUUUCAGAGUCAUUUUAAAAUAAAGUUUUAA